AUGACCUCUCCCUACCAUCGUCGUCCACUCUCCGACUACUUUCUCUCCUCCCCUCUGACCGCACUCCUCUAUCCCCUCCACAAUCUUCUCCUUCGACUCCGCGGUACUCCUCACCUCCCUGCACCAGGCGCUCGUCCAAUCCGCGUCGUCUGCAUCUCCGACACCCACACUCUCGAAUAUACCGACAUUCCAGAUGGCGACCUUCUCAUCCACGCCGGAGACCUUAGCAAUGACGGCAGUGUGCGCGAGAUCCAAGCCGCUGUCAACUGGCUUCGCCAACUCCCCCAUCCACACAAGGUCGUCAUCUGUGGCAACCACGACAGCUACUUCGAUGUCCGCUCCCGACUCUCCGAAGACCGAGAUCAAUCAUUCACAGCCGUCUCUUCAUCUACAGCCUCCCUGCGCUCCUUAGACGAACUCGAUUCAGCCAGCCGCAUCGACUGGGGCGACAUCCACUACUUGCAACAUUCCUCCGUCACGCUCUCUUUCCCUCAGACGUCAUCUAGCUCCUCUCGCCCUCGCUCUCUCACUCUCUACGGCGCUCCUCACGUCCCUGCCCUGAUGCCCUUCGGCCCCGAACACGCCUUCACCUACCCUCCCUACUACGACGCCUGGUCGGGCACCGUUCCCCCGUCUACCGACAUCCUCAUCACGCACACCCCGCCUCACGCACAUCUCGACCUCUCCCCCGUCUACUCCACCGGAUGUCCAUUCCUCCUCGCAGAAUCCUGGCGUGUGCGACCCACCCUACACGUCUUUGGCCACAUCCACGCCGCCUACGGUAUGGAGCCCGUGUACUGGGACGAGGCGCAAAAGGCCUGGGAACGACUCUGCGCGACGCGUAAGCGUCGUGCAAGGAGUACUCGGUUGGACUCUCUUCUUGGUUUCCUGCGGGAUCUAUUUGAUAUCUCCGGAUGGGUAGAUACCGCCAGGGUGCUCGGAUAUGGUGUUAUGGGGGUGGUAUGGGCGAGGAUCUGGGGUGGGGAGCAUCUCGGCUGUGGAUGGAUGGUUAAUGCGGCUUGCAUGUAUCGCGAUUCGGGGCGGUUGGCAAAUAAACCACAGGUAGUGGUUUUGUAA